CAUAUAGAAUAGUGGCCGAUUAUGGGGAUUUUUGCUGGUCCUUUUUGUUAGACUGUUGUCUUUUCUGGCCAAAUAUUUCAGUUGCUGGCUUACGUCGCCGUCACUCGCCAAAAGGAAGUAUAUUUCACUCCGCUAAUUGCGCGAGAUGGUGAGACUUUCAGCGGAGGGGUUAAGUUAAGUCGUCGUGUGCUUAGUUUAAAAUUUCUUUCCUUAAUUAAUUUCGUUGCUUUGCUGGUUUAAUUCGAAUCUGUUUCUUGACUUUAUAAUCUAUUAUGUUGGGCGUAGAUCUACAUUUAAGCAUUUUACUGUCCAUAAUAUCGGAUCUCUCAUCUGUAUUAAAUUUAGAUUUAAAAAUAAAAUAGUAGUAUUGUUUACUGUUAGUAUAUCUUUUACUCUUAAUUUUUGGUCAUUAUUUAUAGAGAGUGAGUGGAUUCUCUAUGCUAGGGUUUGGAAUUGUUGAGCGAUAUAAUAAGCAGAAAAAUAAAAGGGGCAUUCCGAGAAUCGAACUCGGGACCUCUCGCACCCAAAGCGAGAAUCAUACCACUAGACCAAAUGCCCUGGUUGAGUUCUAUUGUCUGAAGAGAUAUUUGAACUUGUUAUCAUUUGGCUGGCUAGUUUUGGACAUUAAAAUUCAUAACGACCUACCCGAAUCGCCUUUGUCUAUUUAUGAUUGGAUCAAUUGGCUUCACUAAUACUGAGUUGUUAUUUUGUUAGAAGAGCAAUUGAUAAUACUGUCAUUUUUGUCUAGUUUAUCUCAAUCUAUCUUAGCCAAUACAAUGUCAUUCCAAUGCAUUUCCACGGAGGAUAUAUAGACAAAUGUGAUGCACCACGCCAUCACAGCAAGUGCCUUUUCGACUAUGAUAAGGUGGCUAUAACUGAGAAUGAAGGAAGACCCUUGCUCUUACACUGGUUGGAUGAUGAUGUCUUUCCCCUUUGUGCGACAACAUGUAGUUGAUUGCAGGCCGAAUCACUAAUCCGGUGACUGGUAUCAGCAAAUGCAGCAGCAUGUCACACACUUGGGAAUUGCAUAAAAGAUUUGCACAAUAGCCUUUAGAACUUCCUACUAUGUGUUUAUUAGAACUAAGAUUGGAGAUAGUCACAGUAUCACUGUUACGCCUGCACCAGUAAUAUAAUAGUACUACUAAGUAUUUGAAAUAUGCCUCUUAUAAUUUGGAUUGGUACAUAUACGGUUGCAAUUUUUAUACACCGAAAUAAGCUUCCACAUGAAUAACAAAACAAAAAUAUUAGACAUAUUUAUUACUCCUAUGUGUAUAUUUCACCAAAUAUGACAAUAUACAUGAGCCUCUGAUUGGAAACGGAACAGCUUGGAGAUCGGAGGGAAAGGCCAGAAUUUCACUGCACCCCACACAAUAUUUGUGGCUGUUUCAAUCUUCAUUUCCAUCUCUAUUUAAACCUUCAACCUCUGCACACCAAUGAUUAUCAUCAAUAAACAUAACGAUCUCACACCCACACAGACCGACGAAAUCAACAAAAAAAAGAAAAGAAAAAGAAACAAAAAAGAGGCAUCGGAAGCAGGAAGGAGAAGAAACAAGGGGAAAGAGAACAACUCAAAGCUGUUCAGACAGCCACGUCGUUCUUGAUCGAACGAGUGUGUUGUUUUCUUUCCUCAAAUUUUUUCCUUAACAAAAAUGGCCUUCUUCACUCACUUUACUGGCACCACCCAGAAAUGCAGUGCUUGCCAGAAGACCGUGUAUCUGGUUGAUCGCCUAGCCACUGACGACCGCGUCUUCCACCGGGCCUGCUUCCGUUGCCAUCACUGCAAAGGCACCCUCAAGCUGGGAAACUACAACUCUUUCGAGGGGGUGCUCUACUGCAGGCAUCACUAUGUUCAGCUCUUCAGGAGGACUGGCAGCCUCAACAAGAGCUUCGAUGGAAUACCAAAGGUAGUUAAGACAGAAAAGCAUAUAGAAAACGAGAAUGCAGUCAUGAUCGCAUGCAUGUUUAAUGGAACCAUGGAGAGAUGCAUCGGUUGUGUUAAGACUGUUUAUCCCAUUGAAAAGGUUACUGUGAAUGGGGCUGCAUACCACAAGAGCUGCUUCAAAUGCAGCUACGGAGGGUGCACGAUAAGCCCAUCGAACUACAUUGCGCAUGAGGGUGUGCUCUUCUGCAAACACCACCACAUGCAGCUCAUCAGGGCUAAGGGAAACCUCAGCCAGCUCGAGAGCGAAUCCAUCAAAGAAUCAGCACCGGCCGGCCCAACUUUUGUUGCUGAGGUUGAAUAUCAAGAUGAUAAAGCUGAAGCCGAAGCCGAACCUGAACCUCAAUGCUGAGAAUAUGUUUCCACCUCAUAGUGUUUCUGAUCUGUCUAGACAUCGAUCUGUGUUUUCCUAAACAGUAUCCUAGUUGUAUAUUUUGUUGACAAAACCAGAUAAUUUUCUCUCAAAUAGUGAAAUGAACCAAUUCAGUAA